AUGUCUUUCAUCAUGGAGACCCCUGUUUCCUUGGAGUUCCUGCAAGCAGCACGAGAACGUGAUUUCCGCCGCAUCAAUGCACUGAUCCUCGCGGGGAAGAGCAUCAACGCGAGCGAUAAAGAUGGCUACACGGCGUUGCACAGAGCUGCCAUUCAGAAUCCCGAAGAUCUAAAUACCAUCUCCAUCCUUAUCUCCUACGGGGCCAUCAAAGACACUGUUCACGAAGAGGAACAAGCCGGUCGGUAUAGAACUCCUCUGCACUAUGCCGCCAUUCAGGGAAACGUUGAGCUGGUCGCUCUCCUCCUCAAUAUGGGGGCUGAUCCCGCUCCUCAACAUCUCAAGGACUGGCGAACACCUCUCGAGGAUGCCAUCAGCAACGGCCAUGUGUCAGUGGUCGAGAAAAUGAUCCAGUGUUUCAUAUACGGGUCGUUGGGCUACAGACCUUCUAAAGGCCUAGCCGAAGCGAUCAUCCUAGCGUCCCGACUAUGGUACUCGGAUGUCUUAAUCCUGCUCCUCGAAUACAGAAACCGAUUCUUACCAUCCGGCACCAUCCCCCAAAUGGUCCUCAAGCAGGCCCUCUGUGAAGCCAUCCAGGCCGAAGCCUGUGGUGUCAGUAUGCAGCCCUUUGACGAACGCAUCGGCGAACCCGGCGACCACACACCCACCAAAGUGGCCGACCUGCUCAUCAGGGCCGGAAUCAACUUCAAACCGGAAGAGCUAGACAGACUGUUGUCCACCACCUGUCGCAACUCCAACCUGAUCGGUGUGACCCGCUUACUUCUCAACCUCGAAGCCACCGUCACCAGCUACCACAUCGUCUGUGCCAUCGAAAGCCGAAACAUCCACAUGGUCAAACUUCUCAUCCCCCCCUUCAUCACCAACGGUGGCCAAUCCUCCACAGGAGCCGACGAACCAGACCUCGUCCAAUACGCCGCCGGCCACGGCACCCCCGAAAUGUUCGAAUACCUCUACGAGACAUUCGACGCCCCCAAACGCAGCGGAUCCCUCCACCGACCCCGACCCCGACGCACCCCCCUCAUCCACUACGCCGUCUGGGGCCUCCAAAGAGAGAUGAUCAAAUACCUCCUCGACACCGCGCGCUCUCACGUCCACGAGACCGACGACCUCGGACACACCCCGCUCAUGUACGCCUUCGACGACAUCGACACCACCAAAGAACGCACCCGUCUCCCGGUCCUCCAACUCCUCAUCGAACAAGGCAGUGACGUCCGAGCCCGUUCCACCGACGGCCUCACGGCCCUCCACCUCGCCGUCCGCAUGGGCUCCAUCGACAUCGUCCGUCUCCUCCUCAACAAGGGCAGCGACCCCAACGCUAAAGCCAUGUCCUGCGAUAGCGUCUACCUCAAACGUAACCCCGUCUGCCGGGACCCCACGGGUAUUCUAUACUCUCGAACCCCAUUACAUUGGGCCGUGGAUCCACUCGCCACCGUGUCCCUGGACGUCGUUAGAGCGUUACUGCGUUUCGGGGCCGACGUGAACGAGCCAGAUGGAAAUAACGCCACGCCGUUGAAUAUUCUUCUCGGAGAUGGUUGGGGUGAUCAGGUUUGGGAGCCUAGAGCUGCGGUCGCGGAAUUGCUGAUGAAGUAUGGGGCUGAUGCAGAUAUUGAGGAUAAGAUGGGGAGGACGGCGAGGGAUCAUGGGUUGGUUCUUGGUGUUGGUUGGGGUUGGAACUGGGUAGGGGAGUUUCGUGAUUGUUUCGGAUUGGAUUUAUGA